GUGAUUCGGUCCUCAGUCCGCGCUCAGUCUUGUCGCUGCGAGCACCACCGCGCCGCUCCGCCACGCUCCUCCCCGCGCCGCGCCGCCCCGCACCGCGCCGAGAGCAAGCCGGGAAGUGUCCGCGUUAUCAUCGGGAGGGUGCUGGUGCUCUAUCUGCCUUAUCAGAGCGGGGCCCCUCGCCCGUCUGUGUGUGUGCGUGUGUGUGUGCGCGCGCCAUCGCCAUCCUCUGGAUCCCACAGUGUCUUAGCAAGUGAUUGUGACAGUGUUUCUUUGGAUUACUUUCCCCUUCCUUUGGACAUACACCACUCGGACGACAACAUGAAGCCCUGGGCGAUCGCAGUGCUGCUGCUGGCCGCCGUGCUGGCUGAGACAGUCGUGGCCAGGCCGUCCGAGGACGCCGACGAGGAGGGCUACCAAGGCGACGAGCACGGCGACGACGACGACCAGGACGGGGGCGCGCGGCAGCCGAGCGGCCCGGUCGUCCUCAAGAGCACGCCCGUGAUGCUCACACCGCGCCCCGGCGAGACAGUCCACCUGCCCUGCGUGUCCGAGAACGCUGCACAGGUCAUCUGGCUCAACGGCAGCGCGACCCUGGCCGUCGGCAACCUACGCCUCACCUACAAGGACGACAAGCGCAUCUCCUUCGACGCGAACCACACGCUGACCAUCAAGAACGUGCAGGCCAGCGACAGCAACGACUACACCUGCAAGCUGGACGAGGGCGUCACCGUCGUGCACAACGUCAAAGUGUAUGAGCCCCCGCGCAUUGUGAAGAUGGACCCGGUGAACAGUGUGCUGCUGGAGCGGGGCGAGUAUGUGACACUCAACUGCACCGCCACGGGCUUCCCCGAGCCGCGCGUCACGUGGUCGCGCAAGGGCCGGGACCUGCCGGGCAAGAAGAAGGAGCACCACGGCAACCACCUGCACUACUCGCACGUGGACCUGAGGCACACCGGCACCUACGUGUGCAAGGCCACCAACGAGCUGGGCUCGGUGGAGAAGCCCGUCUACGUGGGCGUCUCGGACCUCCCGGUCAUCGCGGUGGAGAAGAUGGUGAACACCAACAUCGGAGCCACCGCCGAGGUGUCGUGCGUCGUGCACGCGCACCCGCCCGCCAAGGUCGAGUGGCAGUUCGACAAGAAGAAGCUGCUGCCCGGGGCGGGCGGGCGCGUGCAGCUGGUGCACGACAAGCAGCACGAGAAGGACGGGCUCGGGCAGCGGUACGUGGUGCGCAUCACGAACGUGCAGGCCGGGGACCUGGGCAACUACCACUGCCUCGCCACCAACGACAUGGGCACCGCGCGCACCCCCGUCAAGCUGUCGGGUUUGCCUUUGCCGGCCAAGCUGGAUCAUGUGAAAUAUGUACAAGGCAGACCGGUACUCUAUUGGACGGUGGAGAGUUUAGACCCGGUCACCAAGUAUGAGCUAAUGUACAGAAAAAUGGAUCCCAUCACAGACUGGACUGUUGUUGAACUACCUGCUUCUGAAGACAUUGAAGGGAAUGUGCAUUCAGUGAAGUAUGAAUUAACAAAUGUUGAGGCAGCUGAGUAUGAGGCUGCACUGAAGUCGCGCAACCGUUUUGGAUGGUCAGAUAUGUCAGAUCGAUAUCCAUUUAAAGCAGAAUCUUCUCAACGAGCAGAACUCUCAAGAAUUAGAGAAGCGGGUAAUGGAGCUCCCAUCGAUAGAAUAUCCUUUGGUCUUGUAUUUGGUGCUGUCGCUGUGCUUCUUGCAAGGACCUAGACCAGUUUCUUUUUGUAAGGUUGGUGAUCAGAAAUGAAAGGAAAGGACCAAGGUGAAACGUGCGGAAGAAGUGGACUGACCCACUAUGUAUUGUCAAGAAACCUGAAUGAAGAACUUUGUGCAAUGGUAUUUGAAUGAUGUGAGAUAGAUGUAAAUCCAACAUAUUAGUCUUGAACUUCAAUUGUGUGUGGAUAGUGUAGAUUACUUUUCUCAUUUUCAAAUACUUGGCGGCUCACCUUAGAGCUUUAUUUGCCAUGGUAGGACAUUAGAAAAAAAGUAGGCAACACAUAUUUAUGAAUAGGAACACAGCUAAUAACACACUCUCUACAUGUUAGAUUUCUCAUGUUAUGCUCUACACUAGAAAUCUAUUGUCAUUCAUACAGAUCUGCAUCAUAUCAAUGCAUUGUAUCAUCAACUGUCUUUGUUAUUCUGUCAUUCAAUUUUCUGUAAGGCUGUGCUUUUUUUAGUAGUAACAGGUAACAAGGUUUAUCAUCAUUCAAUUGGUAAUGGUAGUGUUGCCGACAUAAAAAAGAAAGCAGCCAUAUGUCAUUUGGCUGUUUAUUUUAUUUUGUCUAUUGUAACUUCUUUUUAAUCAGAGUGACUGCCACUUCUUCCUACACCCCUUUCACAGUGACUAAUAGUCACACAACUACUUUUUCACUGCUUUCAUAGAAUUGUGAAAUGGGGCUGUAAAAAUGUGUUCAUGGAGUAGAAGUGUAUGAUUCGAUCUCAGUAUGCUCAAGCAUGCCAAGAGCUGUGAAAUGUUUUUCAGAAAGAUUCACUUUGGGUGGAUGGUUCUUAAACAUUCUACAAUUGCUUGACCCAUUGAGAGAUGAAAUGUCAGUACCACACUGUUUUGCCCACUAUUUCUCACUGUGUGACGAAUCAUAUUGAAUCUAAAAUCCAUACACUAACAUGUUGACUCAUUAUUUUUUUUUAUUAUUUGGCUACGGUCCCCCACAAGAAUUACUUGUGCAAGUGAGAAGAGAACCAAAGUGUCACAGAUUAAUUUUUAGCUUUCUGUAUUUUUUUAGUGCGAAUGCUGAGAGCUGAAACCCAAACCCUCUGAAAAUACAAAUCUGUUUAUUUUAAUCCUAUAAAAUGCAUUAAGUGCUGAUUGCUCAUUGUUUGAAAGAAAGUACCAUUACUGUAAGUUGUUCAAGGUAUCUGGUUUGCUUAGUUGCUUACAUCAAAAAAAGUGCAUGGGAAGAAAAACAAAAUAUGAAAUAGUUAUUUAUCUUGAUUGAUCUGCUACCCUCUGAUAUGUACUUAAUGGUUCAGUAGAACUGCUGCAGGGAGCAGUGCAAAGGUACCACUUUCGUAUCAUAGAUGCAGCACUAAAAUUCCUAUUAUCCUCUCUGUUUACUUAAAAAGGUUAAGAAGAAUUUGAUCGGCUGUUGAGAGUUUUAAUUCAUGCUCAAUGUAAUCAGCUCUUAAUUUAAUUUUAGUUUAAUGAAAGUCUGGGCAACAGGUAUACCAAUCAUUUUUUUAUUAUUAUUAUGAUGUCCUAUUGCAGCUUCUUCUCAUGCAUUUUGUUUUUUAGUUAGAAAAUUAUGUGUAUGUUUGAUUUGGUAUAGUUUUAACAAACUUUAUCAUCCUGUGUGAGUUUGUUAAUAACAAAUUUGACAAUCUAGAAAUGAUGUGAAGUGAAAUUCAAGAAACGUUUCCUAAUUUGGAUUAUAAUCUGGCAACCAGUCAUAACCAGCUUGUAACCAACUGCUCAGCAGUACAACGAAAACAAGUUGUUUUAAAUGGGGCUAUUCAUGAAUUCAAGAAUAAAUAAAAAUAGAUUAACAUAGUGUGUUUUUUGUACAUCCAAACACCGUACUUCAACUUUGAUUGUUUGAAUUUUAUGAAAUGUAAAUUUGGUUAUUAGUUUUAAGUUAAAUUAGUCUGUCCAAUAGCUUUAGAUUGCAGCAAGUCAUGAUAGAUAGGAAAAUAUAUCAAUUAAGGUAGUGUGGAUAAACAACUGUACAAAAUUUCCAACUUUCUGCACAAAAAAGUUCUGCCUUGCUAAAGGAAUUCUACCUACUGUUUUGUUGUAUGUCAGAUUUUAAAAGAGAAGUUUGCCAUCAAUUUUUUGUUCAUCAAAGUAUCUAAAAUUAUAAUGCUUUUUAUCUAUUUCUGCUUCAAAAAAUUGUGCUGGUCUCAAUGACAUUCUAUAUUCCUGGUAGAUUUUUAAAUAUCUAUUCUAAAUGUCUUGUAAAUUAUUCCUAUUAUGAAGCGUUAUGCUAUGCAUGUGAUUUUCUUAAAACCCGAAGCAACCAUGUCAUUUGUUGACACUGAAGCAAGAAAUCAUCUGUGCCAUGAUAAAAUUAUGACUAGCAUUAAACAUUACUUGGAAACCUGAUUGAGAAAUAUAAGUAGGAUGAACAAUGACACUGCAGCUUCGGUUGUCCCUUCAAGUAUGUGUUUUACAUUAAUCACAAACAGGAAAUGAAAUUAGAAAAUUAUUUUUAUUUAUUGCGUCAUCGUUGCACCUUUAAUACUUGUGUUUUCAGAGUGUAUCACUGUAUAUAACUUGUAGGCCUAUUAUGGCUUCACAUUUGAACUUACUUCAUAUUUCUGUAUUUAUUGUAAAAUGGUUGAUAAAUAUGACUUGAAUGAAUCCUUUGUACAUACUGUCAUAGGCAAAUAAUGUCUAUUACUCUAAUUAAUCUAAUUUGCAUCAAGCAUUCUGCCUUGUUAUGUUUUUAGUUGUGUAUUGAUAAGUAGUCCUUUUCCCAGACUUUCCCUUUAGAUCACAUUUUUUGAAAAAAUGUGUUUUGCAUUAUCCGUUUCAGUUAUUAUUUUUGUGUGUGUGUAUGGGUCAUGUCAACCCGAUAUGUGGUCACAGAUCUGAUGACAUGCAAACAGUGACAGUCUAAAUCACAUUCCUUCUCCUUUGUAAAGUGCAGUGAUGAUGCAACAUUUAAUUCAUCUUAUAUGAAGAAAAAAUAUGGAGAAAAAUAAGCAAUUGGAAAAGGACAAAAGUAUCAACAAAGCAUCAGCACAAACUCUUCAAGGAAUUGUAAAGUGUAACAUCAAAAUAAGAUAUCUCAGGAACACUUUGAUUUUGCUUCAUAAAGCGCUAUGGCAUCUGUACUGAAGAACCUUUAUGCAAAUAAAUGAUAUUGCUGAUGUA